UUCCUCUCCUCAUCCAGUUCAAACGCAACUCAGAUCCUAAAUCCACAAAUUCUCAAAAACAUAAAAACAUUUUCAAAGACGGUUUCUCUUCUGAAAAAUGGUUGAUUUAGAUUGGAAGGCAAAGAUCAUCUCCUCCAACAUGCCCAGUAAAUCCCCCAAGCUCUCCAACAAGCUCCACGUUUCGGUUCCCGGUUCGUUUCGCGCCGCCUCCCAAGUCCAGACCGAUAUUUCGGCCGCCUCCGAUAUGUCCUGCUCCACCUACGAGCAGUACCUCCGCCUCCCGGAGCUCCGACAGCUCUGGAGCUCCCACGACUUCCCCUCUUGGAAGAACGAGUCGAUUCUCAAACCGGCUCUCCAAGCUCUCGAAAUCACGUUCCGGUUCCUCUCGACUGUUUUGUCCGAUCCUAGACCGUAUUCGAACCGGCGCGAGUGGAAGCGCCGGCUCGAGUCGCUCACUACCAGCCAGAUACAGCUCAUCGCCAUGUUGAUCGAGGACGAAGAGGAAGACAGCGAGACGCGCGGAAUGGCGCCGAUCGUUGAUCUCAGCACGUCGAAUGGGGAGCUUGCCCGCGACGGGAGCAUGGCGGAGGUGUGGAGUUCGGGGGAGCACACGGUGGUGAGCCGCAUCAGCGAGGCCAGUUUGCUGCCACGACUCGCCACGUGGCAGAAAUCGGAAGGGAUGGCGCAGAAGAUCUUGUACUCGAUCGAGUGCGAGAUGAGGAACUGUCCGUACUCGCUGGGUCUGGGUGAGCCGAACCUCGCCGGGAAACCGAACCUGGAUUACGACGCCGUUUGCAAGCCGAGCGAGCUGCAUACGCUGAGGAAGAGCCCGUACGACCCCCACGUCGACAGCUACGAGAACCAGACGGUGUACGCCACGCACCAGGUCCUCGAGUCGUGGGUCCACGUUUGCCGGGAGCUUCUCAAGCGCGUAACGAGCCGCAUCGAAUCUCGAGACUUCGAAAAGGCUGCGAGCGACUGUUACGUGAUCGAACGGAUAUGGAAGCUCCUGGCGGAGAUAGAGGAUCUCCACCUUCUGAUGGACCCGGCCGAUUUUUUGAGGCUGAAGAAUCAGCUGCAGAUCAAGACGGUGGACGAUACGGAGUCGUUUUGCUUCAGAUCGAAGGCGCUCGUGGAGGUGACGAAGCUCUGCAAGGAACUAAGGCAUAAGGUGCCGUUCAUAUUGGGGGUUGAGGUGGACCCCAAGGGUGGGCCCCGGAUUCAGGAGGCGGCGAUGAGGCUGUACUCGGAGAAGAAGGCCGGUUCGGACUCCGACUCCGGCUCGGAGAAGAUCCACGUGCUGCAGGCGCUUCAGGCGAUGGAGUCGGCGCUGAAGCGUUUCUACUACGCGUACAAGCAGGUGCUGGUGGUGUUGAUGGGGAGCUUGGAGGCGAAGGGGAACCGAGUUGUGGUGAGUCCGGAGACCUGUGACUCGCUGAGUCGGAUAUUUCUGGAGCCGACUUAUUUCCCGAGCUUGGACGCGGCGAAGACGUUUUUGGGGGAUAGUAUAAAUCACGAUAUACACAGCGGAGACAGGCGGAGUCGGCGGAUGCAGUGAGCGAUUGACACGUUGACUGAUUGGGUUUGGAUGUUGACUCGGUCUGUUAACUCAUUUUUUGACCGACCCUUGUAAACUCUAGAUCUAGAAGGCGAAUAUUCUUUUUAGUUUUUACUGUUUUUUUUGUCCCGUCUUCGUAUUUUAUUAUUUUGUCUUUUUUUUUUUAUGGUUGAUCAAAUCUUGUAAAAUAUUACAGAUUUUUAUAAAAUAUUGGAUAAAUUAUAUUUUACUCCUUCA